CUGAUUCAACCUGAUUAUAAAUAUACGUAGAUAGAACAGCUAGCUACGUGUUCACGCCAACCAUCGACGACAAUCAGUUACGUAAGAUGUAGUGGCCCUUAGCCCAUCGUAUUUAUAUAUUGGUCAGUUUAUCUAAAAACAGCCCAGUUAUUACGACAUAUCAAGAUGGCAAAUAAUGACAAUGAAUUAUGUACUGGAGACAAAAUUGCAUCUAAAGAGCUUCUUGACAAAAUCAAUGAAUGUCAAGGAAAUGGAAAGUUUUUCUCAGUUGAAUUCUUUCCUCCAAAGACUUUCAAUGGAGCUACUAAUUUGUGUGCCAUAUUAUACCGCCUGCAUGAAAGCAACACUAUACCUAUGUUUGUAGACAUUACCUGGAAGCCUUCUGAAGAUCCUUUAUCUGACACUUGCCAAGAACCAACAGCAUUAUUGAUAUGUUCAGCCUCACGACAAAUCAGUCGUUUUAAUACCAUGAUACAUAUUCCCUACUAUGAAACAACAAAAACACAAGUAUUUGAACAUCUUUUAAAAGCAAAGGAGUUGGGAGUCUGUGGCAUAAGAGCACUAAGAAGAGGCCCAGCUUCUCUCAAGGAAGAUGACAUUGGUAACAUAGAGCUCAAGGAUGGAUUCUCAAGCACUGAGCAGUUGAUCAGAUUUGUAAAACAUGAAUUUGGACACCACUUUACUAUUGCAGUUACAGGCUACCCAUCUGGUUUUAAAACAAAAAGCUCUUAUGAGGAAGAUCUACGUAAACUGAAAAUUGAAGUAGAUGCUGGUGCAGACUUUAUCACUACCCAGAUGUUUUUUGAGGUGGAUUUCUACUUUAACUUUGUUAAAGACUGUCGUAACAUAGGCAUCAAUGUGCCAAUCAUUCCUGGUAUAUUUCCUAUACAGAGUGUUAGCUCCCUCCGUCAGCUGAAAAGAACACUAGCUGUCAACAUACCAGACCACAUCUUUGAAUCUCUCACUCCAAUUAAAGAUGACAAUGAUGCAGUUAUUGAUUUUGGUGUUCAGUAUGCAGUAAACAUGUGCCAACAACUACUUGCAAGCUGUGAUGUACCUGGCAUCCAUUUUUAUACUUUUAAUUUGGAAACGGCAUUGAAAAGGAUUACACAAAAUCUUGACCUUGGUAAUUCAUUGCAGCAUAAUGAAACUUGUAGUGAUGAUAAUGUGCGACCAAUAUUUUGGGCCACAAGGCCAAGAAGUUAUCUAAUUAGAACUUCCAACUGGGAUGAAAUGCCAAAUGGUCGAUGGGGAGAUUCAAGUGCUGCAUCUUUUGGUCAGAUAAAAGAUUAUCACCUAUUUCUGAUGGGUACAAAUCUGAGCAGAAAUGACCUGUUGAACAUGUGGGGAAGAGAACUGCAUUCCUUUCAUGAUGUGUGUGAAAUUUUUGUUUGUUAUCUUACUGGAAAAGAAAACAGGCAUGGAUACAAGGUAACCCAACUACCAUGGGCAGAAGAUGAAAUUGCAACAGAGACCAUGUCCAUAGUAAAGGAUUUGGUAGACAUCAAUAAAGAAGGCAUAUUGACAAUAAACAGUCAACCAUGUGUCAAUGGUGCUCCAUCAGAUGAUCCAAGAGUAGGAUGGGGUAAACCUGGAGGCUAUGUUUUUCAAAAGGCAUAUAUAGAGUUUUUUGCAAGAGAAGAAGUUGCCAAUGAAAUAUACAAGCAGCUCAAAGACAGCAAACGCAUCAACUUUCACAUGGUAAAAUCAUGUGGUGAUAAUCUUACCAAUGCUAAUAUCUACUCACCUAAUGCUGUUACAUGGGGUGUUUUUCCUGGGUCAGAAGUUAUUCAACCAACUGUAGUUGAUCCUAUUGCAUUUCAGUUCUGGAAAGACGAGGCCUUUGCUCUUUGGAAUCAACAGUGGAGAAACCUAUACCCUGAGGGAUCACCUUCUAGAGACGUAAUCAAAACUAUCCAAGAAACAUUUUACCUUAUUAACUUGGUAGACAAUGAUUAUGUGGCAGGGAACAGUCUGUUUGAUGUUUUAAACAAUGUGCUUACAAGUUUAAAACAUGAGACAUCCUAAUAAGAUUUUAGAGGUCCCUAGUCCAGCUUUGAUCCAAUAACUUAACAAUGCUUGUAACCAUAUUCUGUGUAGUAAGUUCAAAUCAUUACUGUUUUUCUUCCUAGUCUGACACCACCCCUUUAAAUACGUUUUUGUCUGCAUUCAAAUCUGUAACCAUAGGUCAUGCUUUAGGAUGUUGAAAAUACAUCAUACCAAAUAUGAGUCACCUAAGUAUGGCUAUAUUGAGAUCAAAGUGUCCUCAACAAGAGCAGAUCUAGGAUUUUGAAAAUGGGAGGUCAGCAUUGAUCACUAUGGAUGGAAGACAGUAUCAUGGUUACUGGAUAUGACUGUAAAAACCAAACAAAACUUUGAAGUUUACGAGAAAUAGAGGGUAUGUCGCUUAGAUCUGUCUCUGAAAAUUAACCUUUAAUGCUACUUGUAGAAAGAAAUGUUCACUGGAAAGAAAUGUAGACAAAAACAUGAAUCAAGUGGGUGCAGUUUAGUAGUACAUAUCUAGGAGUGAAUCUAAGCAAACAAAAGAGUUAUGUGACCUAUUGCAAGUUAACAAUUUUACAAUAACUUACAAAUUUUGAAAACGAUAAAAAAAUCUAAUUUUUAGCAAUCAAAACAACCAACGGAAGGAUGGCACGCUCAAUGACGUCAGCUUUAUCUGUCUGUCCUCUUAUUGUUGGUAAAAAAUAACCAAUCAGCAAGUGAGAAAUUCGUAAGUUAUUGCAAAAUGGCCUAUUGUAAUAAUGCCAAAAUAACACAAAACUCAAGAUACUGAUAUAUAACCAUUGAUGCAAGUAGGAAUAUGAAUUGAACUUAACAUAACAAGUUUUUAGUCUUUUUGGACAAACUUAUAUACCUCAAUUUUGUACAAACUUAGUGAACUCAUUUGUCUUUGUACAUUACAUUUCAUAAUAGUUAAACUAUCUAGCUCUCCCUGUACCAAAACCUUUCUUACUGUACAUUAACUUUCCUGACUUUCUUCUGCUAACAAUAAAGUGGGCAACCAAUA